CUGAUUUCUGAAGUCUGAGUGACUUCCUCUGUGUGCCGAGAGGAAAGAGGCUUCUGCACUCACAGCCGAAGGGAAAGCAGCAGGUUGGGGCAUCUUGUGGCCAACUUCAGAGCCUGUCACCAGGAAAGGUAAGCAUGGGAGGAAGGAAGAUGGCAAGAGAUGAAGAAAAUGUCUACGGCUUAGAAGAGGACACCCAGUCCUGGCAGGAGCCCACGCUGAGGCUCAUCCUUGUUGGGAGAACAGGGGCCGGGAAAAGCGCCACCGGGAACAGCAUCCUGGGCCAGAGACGGCUCCUGUCCAGGCUGGGGGCCACGUCUGUGACCAGGGCCUGCACCACGGCCAGCCGCAGGUGGGACAAGUGGCACGUGGAAGUUGUGGACACUCCGGACAUUUUCAGCUCCGAGGUGUCCAGGACAGAUCCCUGCUGUGAGGAGAGAGGUCACUGCUACCUGCUCUCGGCCCCCGGGCCCCACGCGCUGCUCCUGGUGACCCAGCUGGGCCGGUUCACCGCCCAGGACCAGCAGGCGGUGAGGCAGGUGAGGGACAUGUUCGGGGAGGGCGUCCUGAAGUGGAUGGUCAUCGUCUUCACCAGGAAGGAGGACCUGGCCGGGGGCUCCCUGCACGAUUACGUGCACGGCACAGAGAACCGGGCCCUGCGCGAGCUGGUGGCCCAGUGCGGGGGCCGGGUCUGUGCGUUUGACAACAGGGCCACCGGCCCGGAGCAGGAGGCCCAGGCGGAGCAGCUGCUGGGGCUGGUGGAGGGCCUGGUGCGGGAGCACGAGGGCGCCCACUACUCCAACGAGGUGUACGAGCUGGCGCAGCAGCUGCGCUGGGCGGACCCCGGGGAGCGGCUCCGGAGGGUGGCGGAGCGCGUGGCCGCCCGCGUGCGGAGGAGGCCGUGGAGCGCCUGGCUGCGGGCCGCGCUGGGGGCGUGGUCGAAGCCGUUUUGGAGCUGGAGCCUGUGCCUGGCCCUGCUGCUGGGAGGCGCGCUCCUGCUCUGCGUGCUGCUCCACGGGCGCCAUUCGCAGGUCUUGUUGGAAAUCAGGCCUGACUGACAGUGCAGGCCCUAAAACUGCAGGCAACUUGGUAAGAGAGCGGUUGAAGGAAAAAAUUCAUUCCAGCAGAAGGAAUCCUGUCGUUUCAGGCACAGUUUUAAUGACACAGAAAACUGAACGCUGCAUCAUCUUUGCAACUUUAACAAGGCUCAGAGUUAACUUUUUAUGUUUCUAAGUCUCAUUUUAAACAUUGCGUAUGCAGAGUUUUAAAAUAAAUUCGUCUAACAAUAACUUUCUUUGGUAGUUUUGGUAGUUUAAUGUCAAGUAGCUUGUGGUGGGGACAAAUCCAUGGCACAGGGAAAACAAGUGCCUUUAUUUUAGAACUUUUUAAAAAAUUCAAUUGAGACUGCUCCUCCUUGAUAAUUUUCUAGUUCUUAUUCAUUGGUAGAUAUGGUCCUUUGGGAUUCUUGUAGGCUUUCAGCAUCAAUGAAAGAAAUGUGGGGGUUACACAUGUUAAUUUUACUUCUGAGACAUCAGUUUAUUAGUACAAUGAUUUUCUACCAAAAUGAUAAAUGUAACUGUGCUGAAAAUAACAGUUUCCACUUUUCUAGAACAUAUUAUGGUUCUUGGCUUUCCAAAAUGAAGUAGUGUCCCAGCACAGUGGCUCAGCCUGUAAUCCCAACACUUUGGGAGGCUUAGGUAGGCAGAUCAUCUAAGAUCAGGAGUUCAAGACCAGCCUGGCCAACAUGAUGAAACCCUGUCUCUACUAAAAAUACAAAUAUUAGCCUGUUGUGGUAGCCUUCGCCUGUGAUCCCAGCCACUGGGAAGGCUGGGAAGGGAGAAUCGUUUGAUGCAGUGAGCCGAGAUUGUGCCACUGCACUCCAGUCUGGGUGAUAGAGUGAGACUUUGUCUCAAAAAAAAAAGAAAGAAAGAAAGAACUAAGAUAUUAUGAUAUUGGGGAAAUAACGUAAUAUCUUCUAUAUGGUCAUUCAUACUUUUAUCACACACAUGCACAGUCUGUAUCUCAAGCUCCUCCCUGGUCAUGGAGAAGAGGCAGAGCGCCAGGUGCAUAGGCUGAGAUUGCAGACACCAGAGCAUCCUGUGCUGUGCAGCUAAAGCAUCCAGGGCCUGUCCAGGAAGGUUCUUGAAUGCCACAUGAUUAGAAAAUGUGACACUGACUGACGCUGACUGGUUGUGCAAACCAAACAAUAAGAUUUCCUUAUUUCUAUUUCUGAACAUAAUGAGAGGCCUUUAAGGGAACUCAAUGUCUUUAAAUCAGCCAACCUCUAGUAAGGGCAUGGAGACACAGGAAGCAGAUAUUCACCUGAGCCCCAAUAAAGGGGUGGAGGAGGAGGCGGCGGCAGCUGGAGUGUGCGCAGGUGCCCUAGAAUCCUUCCCAGCACACGUUGGGAAGGAGGGGUCUGCAAGCAUGUGCAAGAAUGCCAGGUCGGGCUAAAGACCACAGGAGGUUCCAGGUAGGCUGCGGGCUUCGGGCAGGCCAUGGUCCGGGGCCCUAAGGGCCUUGGUGACCGCUGCAGGGAGUUGGACUUUUUGAAGCGUGGCUCAAGAAAAACCCAUGUUUAAUUCCUCCCUUUCACUUCCUCAGCAGCCAUACUUGGCCCAAGCAGGGGCCUCGAGCCAGGGAGGGAUUCCUUUAAUGACCAGAGGGGGCAGCAGGGAGGGCACAGCGUGGUCAUCCGAGGCCACUUGCGCACGAGCCAGUGCUGCUGGUGGUGUUAGCAACUUUUAUCAAAGUGGUUUACUGUACAGCAGCAGCAAAGGUAUUGCUCUUUGUGGAGCAGGGCUCCCCCAUAGGCAGUGUGCCCAGAGUAGCAACGCGGAAGCAGUUUUGCAGUCAUAGUUAUACCCACUCUGAAAUACGUGCACAUUAGGCAGUGGAUUAUGCCAACAUUUCUAGAAAAAGGGUGGUAGCUUCCAGGUCGUGGGAUUGUUGCCAUGGAAAGGAGCUGUAACUUCCAGGUGUUACCUUAGCAAUGAUAACCUGACGUGACACUGGUGAGUGUGUUUUAUGGACAGACUCUUUCACCUCCUCCCUUUCAAGCUAGUCUUCAAUGUGUCUGGAGCCCAAUCCCCACCACUAGAGUCGAGUCCUGCCUCCUACCUCAGUGAUAUAAAUAUAAAGUAGCAUGUGGUUAAUUUGUCAAAUACAUUUGUAAAGUGCAAUCAGAGAUGUAUUGUCAAUCUGAAUCUCAAAAUAUGCUAUCAUCUUUGAAUUUGAAUAAUAUAUUAUUCUAAAAGUUACAGUUUUCCUUUACAUUCAAUAACAUUUCUCUAGUGGUUUUCUUUUUCAGAAACUUUGAUUAUGAUCUUUUUUUUUUCACCUUUGUAUCCCUGUCAUACAACCCAGUGCCUGGCAUAUAAAGUAGGGUCAAUAAUUGUUUGGAAAAUGAAUGGUAAAGUUGACUUUCCUGUACCCUUUUAAUAUUAGGUUUCUAACUAUAAGAGUUUUUACCAUUUUCUAAGUUUUCUAUCAUAGAUAACAAAAAAUUCUUUCAUGUAAGCACGCCAUUGUAUCAAUGAUAUUCUCCUGCCCUAAGGAAAUUUUCUUCCUUUCAAGCACAGAGUUCCCAAAAUUACUGUAUUUCUACCCCUUUCAGCUUAUUUUAUCCUUUUCUGCUGCUACAGAACAGCUGGCAUUCACCAUUUCAUCCAGUAAAGUCGUUUUUUAGGCUAUGGUUUGAAGGAUGCUUUUCCUCCAUAGCUCAGGGUUAGGCCUUGUGACCUCACUUAUGUAAUUUGAGUGAUAUGAUAGCACGAAUCAAUUUUAUAUUUAAAUUACAGCAUAAAACAGCACUGCCUCCUGUAGGAAAAACUUUCUUGCUAAUUUUAACCAGUCACAGGGUAAAAAUAUUGCCCAAUACUUCAAAAAUUGCAUGAAUAUAUAUUCAUUUCAAUUAUGUCCUCCUUCCUCUCGUCUCCUUUUAUCUCUUUGAGUAUAAAAAAUGUAUGGGUCAUGUGCUGAUGAUGUUUCUCUUCAUAUUUCCAUGCCUUGGUGCCUGGACCAGCUUUUGUUCUACACAAAAAGACUUGUAUCUGGCUUAUUUCUGAAAGCUAGUGUUGGCCAUGAUGAACUUUUAGAACAAAAGAUUUCAGGCACUGUGUACAUUCUUAUUCUUACACAAUCAAUAUUCAGUUCCAGCCACACCAUAGCCCUGACAGACACCAGUGCUCCUUCCAGAGAUUCACCUAUGGAUUGAGUAUCCCCGAAGAGAAUUCCUGUAAAUUUUGGGUGAAGCUAUAGCUAGACUAUGGCUAAACACUCAUUUAUCCCCUGUGAUUUUUAAUCUAACAGUGGCAACGUUGGCCUAUUCUUAGGCAACUAGAUUUGUUCUUGCUACCAAUAAAAUAUUUUAUUGAGAUGCCUCUAAAUUUGUCCCCAGCCUCUUUAUUUAUUUAGGAAGUUAUCACUCCAUAUACUGGAUAUUUUGUUAUAAUUAUUGGUUUGAGUCUUAUUUUUAUAUUUUCAAUCACGUUCUUUGCCUAAUUCUUCUCAUAUUUUCAUAUUUUCUUUCCCUCCUCAUAAUCCUCUUUACAUAUCACUGUUUAGGCACUUAGACUUUUUUUACUUUCAAAUGGUGUUAUAUUGUGCAUAUACUCUUGAUUUCAUACACCUGAAGAUUCCUAGACUAUUUUUUCUGCUACAUGUUGGCAUGAUGUGUCAUGGUGAACACUGAAGAGAACUGCGUACCACUCCUCAAAAAUUACACACACACACUUGUAUGCAUGCAAACACAGACACAAACACACUCACAUCUCAAUCCCAAGAAAUAAAUAGAUAUCUCAAUCCCAAGAAACACAAGGAACGAAAGACUUUCGGACUUCCAGUUCUGCAGAAUUUCUUAGAAGGAUCAACUCCAAGUUUUAAGCCCAAAUUCCCAGAAUUUGUCUCCAGUAGGCAGAGAAGGCCUUCUUCCUGAAAAGUCACAGAUUCUUUCUUGUGUUAAAGGAUAAUUCUCUGUAGAGAAUUCUCUGUAGAUCCCUCUGUAAUAUUCUCUGUAGAUCCCUCUGUGACAGCUUGCACAUGAAGACCUAGAUCAGAAUUAUCUCUGAUGCUCAAAGAGUUAGGGUUACUCAGAAUCAAUGAGAUCAACGGAGCAUAGAUCAUAUGGUAAUCGUGGUUAGAUAGUUAGUACAAUACUCCCAUAGAGAAUAAUGUCAAAACUAGAGAUAAAAUUAAUAGUAAGCUUCAAAAACCUAACAAGAGUGAGGAAUUUCUAUAACAAAUCUAAGAAAAGUGAAAACCCAGAAAGCUAAGCCUGGUAAGGAGCCACUUUUGCCCUUAGAGUAUUUACAGAUCAAGUAGAAACAGCUUAAAAAUGGAGCCACACCCUGGGGUUUGGUAAUUUAAUAGGAUAAUCAGGGUAAAAAUAAAAUCCACAAUCAAUCCAAAGUGAAGACUCUCAUCCUCAUCCUACUUUUAGAAAGGAUCCCGCCUGUAAUCUCAGCACUUUGGGAGGCUGAGGCAGGCAGGUCACCUAAAGUCAGGAGUUUGACAUCAGGUGGGCCAACCUAAAGAGACCCUGUGUCAACUAAAAAUACAAAACAUUAGCCGGGCAUGGUGGUGCGUGCCUGUAAUCCUGGCUACUCGGGAGGCUGAGGCAGGAGAAUUGCUUGAACCCAGGAGGCAGAGGUUGCAGUGAGGCAAGAUUGUGCCACUGCACUCUAGCCUGGGCAACAGAGUAAGACUGUCUGAAAAAAACAAAAAAUCCCAAAGUGUUAAAUUAUCAAAUGUAAAUCAUCUCCUUCCUGUAGACUUGCAGUGUGAGUGUCCUGAGACUUUAUUAAAGUGAUCUUUCUCCAAAAGUGUCUCAAGAUUUGGCAUUAAAAAGGAAUUCUACCUGGAAUUUGACACUAACAUUUUGGGCCUUCAAUUUUCCUUUGAACACUUCUUUGUAAAUGCAUAUCUAACACUCAGAGAAAACCAACCACCUAAAGAAACAUGAUGCAAUGAGAAAACCAAACAAAAAGUAACAGAAACAAAUAAGCAAGGACUUGAGAUACUAUAAUAAUCAGAUAUAGGUAUAAAGUAAGUAUACUUAUUUUACUUAUGGUCUGAGGGCUACCUGUCCCUCUACCUGCUUCUGCCUCCGUUAAAUUUUUUGUACGUCUAAUCCAGUUUUGGUGUUUCCUCCAUCACAAACCUGAACUUAUAUAUAACUGAAAUUAACAACUCAGUAGACAGAUUUAACGGAUUAGACAGUGCUGAAGAGAGAGCCAGGAUAGAAGAAAAUCCAGAAUGCAGCUCAGAGAUACCAAAUAGAUAGGCAAUGUGGAGAGAGGGUAAGAAAUAUAGAGAAAAGAAUGAGAAGUUUUAAUAUAUUAAUCAUUCUGAAAGAAUAGAAAAACAUAGGUUCACAGAGACAAGACAAAAAAAAAAAGGGAUAGAAAAACAGGAGUUAAGACAAUAUCUGAAAACAUGAGAAAUUUCCAGAACAGAUAAAAUAUAUCAGUCUGCUAAUUCAAUUAAGCUAAUGAAUUAACUUAAAGCAGAAAAAAGGGAUAUUAUAUUUAAAGGAGUAAAAAUUGGACUGUCAAAUGACUUCUAAAAAGAGGCAAAAAAAAAAACCUCUGUGUUCUGUACAAGACUUUUUUUAUAAAUAUACAAGGAACACCCUGAAUUCUGUGAUAGUUUCAUGUGUCAGCUUGAUUGAACUAAGGGAUGCCUAGAUGGCUAGUAAGAUAUUAUUUCUGUGUGUGCUUGUGAGAGUGUCUCCAGAAGCGAUUAGAAUUUGACUCUGCAGAUUCAAAAGAGUAGAGUUCUGCCAUCACCCGUAUGGGCAGAUAUCAUCUAGUCUGCUGAAGUUCCAAAAAGAACAAAAAGGCAGUGAAGGGAAAAUUCACUCUCUCUUCUUGAGCUGGGACAUCCGUCUUCUUUUCCCUUCAAACCUUUGAGCUCCUGGUUCACAAACCUUUGGACUAUUGAACUUACACCAGCAACCUCCCACACACACAUCUGGCUCUUGGACCUUUGGCCUCAAACUGGGAGAGUUACAUCAUCAGCUACCCUAGUUCUCAGGCCUUCAAACUCAGAUUGGAUUAUGCCAUCAGCUUUCCUAGUUUUCCAGCUUGCAGACAGCAUAUUAUGGGGCUUCUCAGCCUCCAUAAUCAUGUCAACCAAUUACAUUACACACACACACACACACACACACACACACACACACACACACACACACAAUGGGUUCUAUAUUUUUGGAGAAUCCUCACGAAUACAGGUGCCAUUAGGAAGAAGGUCAGUAUUACUGAGAGAGCCCAGCGCCCAAGGCCCAGGCACAUAGGCCAUGCCUAAGACUGAAGCUGUGUAAGAACAGCAAAGAACACUGCCCUGCCCUUGCCAUACACCUAAAAAAUACUGAGUGAUUAAUAAGCAAUCCAGUCUACUAUAGGGAAAGGUCAAAGCCUGGAACAACCCCCUAUGAAAUGGAGUUAUGCAGAGAUGACUGAAAUCUGAGGGUGACUGGAACAGGAACACCAAGUAAAGCCCUAUGGCAUUUCAGUCCCAACUUAAGCAUCAGGCAACAUUAAACAAAUUAAAAACCUAAGAUGCACUGAAGGUAACUAUAGCAACAACCCCAACCCAGUUCAACUCUUUAUUAGAUUGACUCAGCUGAACACUAAGAGCCUGACAGAAGAAGAGGCAUAACCAUUCUAGGCAUAAAUACUAUUUAUCUCAAUUUAAUUUCCUACUAUGCAUAUUUACAAUUUAAUAAAAUUAUAAUAUAUUCAGAAAAGCAAAAGUACAAUAAUCCACUAUGAAAAGACAAAAACAAUCCACAGAACCAGACUCAGAAAUUGUCCAGAAGUGGGACAGGGUCUCUAAAAUAAUUAUGAUUACUAUGCUAAAUGAUGAAGUGAAAAAUGUAGACAACAUGUAACAAAAUACUAGGCAUUUCAACAGAGAGACAGAAACUAUAAGAGUCAAAUGUAACUUAAAAAUUAAAAACAUUCUAUUAGAAAUAAAGUAUUCCGUAGGGGUUACAUCAGUAGACUUGACAUCGUUGAGGAAGGAAUCAGUGAAUUGGAAAAUAAGUUAAUAGAAAUUGUUCAAACUGAGUAAAGGGAGAAAAACAAAUGAGGGAAAAAAUAUCUAGGAGCUAUGAAAUUAUAUAAAGCAGUUUAACAUACAUGUCAAAAAGAGAGAAUGAACAGAAGAAAUAUUUGAAAAGGUAGUAGUUAAGACUUUUCAAAAAAUAAUGAAAGACACCUAACUACAUAUCCAAGAAACAGAGUGCUCCAACCAGGGUAAACACAUAACAAAGCAAAAUAGAAAAGCUAGACAUUUUAUACUUAAACUGUUGAGAACCAAUGAUAAAGAGGAAGUCUUAAAUGUAACUAGGGGGAAAAAACAUUAUAUUAGAAAAAUAAAUAUUAGAAUCACAGCUGAUUUUUUGUCAAAAACUACAAUUCAGGACACAAUUGAAUAGCAUCUUUAUAAUACUAAAAUUUUUUUUAAAAAACUAUUAACCCAGAAAUGUAUAGCCAGCAAAAAUCUUUCAAAUAUGAUGGUAAAUAAAAAUGUUAGUUGUUAGUUAGAAAUAAAGACUCUGACUAACAAAAGCUAAAACAAUUAAUUAUCAGCUUAUCUUCACUACAAGAAAUGUUACAAGAAGUUUUUCAGGCAGAAGGAAUAAAUAUGACACCAGAUAGAAAUUUGAAUCUACACAGAGAAAUGAAAAACCCUAGAAAUGGAAAAAAUAAAUACAAAUAUAAAAGGAAUUUUACAUUUUUUAGCUCUAACAAAAAAGUAAUAGUGUAUUAGGGAAGUUAUAAAAUAUGUAAAAGUUUACAACAAUCAUAACACGAAAAGGAAGGAUGAAUUGCAAGUACACUAUCAUAACUCUUAAAAUACAUGUGAAGUGGCCUGAAAUUUUUAUAGACUGUAAUAAACGGUCUAAAAUCCACGUAGAUUUGUUAAAACCACAAGAUUCAGCCAUAUGCUAUCUACAAGAAAUGCACUUUAAAUAUAAUGACUGAAUUGGUUAUCUAUUGCUGCGUAACAAAUUACCACAAAUGUGACAACUUACUACAACGUGCAAUUAUUAUCUCACAGUUUCUGUGGAUCAAGGGUUUAUAUUGUUGGGAUAUUUGGCCCCUCAUUUCUCAUGUUGAAAUGUAAUUCAUGGUGUUAGAGGCAGGACCUGGUGAGAGGUGUUUGGGUAACGGGAGUGGAUCCUUCAUAGAUGGGUUGCUGCUGUCCUCAUUGCAGUGAGUGAGAUCUGGUCAUAUGGAAGUGUGUAGCACCUCCCCAACCUGUUGCUCUUACUCUCUUCCAGUGACAUGCAGGCUCCCCUUUGUCUUCCACCAUGAUUGAAAGCUUUCUGUGUCCCUCAACAGAAGCGGAUACCAGCAAUGUGCUUCCUGCACAGUCUGCAAAUUGUCAGUCUUAUGUAUUUCUUUAUAGCAAUGCAAAAACAGCCUGCACAGGAGUCCAGGCAUGGCUUAGGUGGACCCUCUAGUCAGCAAUUUAUGAAGCUGAAACAGAAGUGUCACCCAUGCUGCUAUUUGGAGCUCAGGGUCCUUUUUUCAACUUCAUUCAGGUUAUUGGCAGAAUUCAGUUGUUUGUGGUUGAAAGACUGUGGUGUGGAUAACUCUUAGAGGCGGAUCCUCUCCAUAGGCAGUUUAAAGCAUGAAUGCUUGCUUUCUUAAAAGCUGGAAAUAUCUCUUGCUUUUAAGGCUUCUUUUAAUUAGGUGAGACCUAAUUAAAAGACCCAGAACAAUCUCCCCUUUAAUGCAAAACUAGCUGAUUAGGAACCUUAAUUAAAUUUGCAAAAAUCCCUUUACUUACCAUGUAAACCAAUCACAGGAAUGGCAUUCAUUCUACUCACAGGUCUUCCCACACAAAAGGGGAAGAGAUUAUCCAGGACAUGUACACUAGUUGAUGGGAAUCUUGGAGCCCACCGUAGAAUUCUGCCUGUCACAGUCAUAGAGAUGUGUUGAAAGUAAAAGAAUGGGGAAAUAAAAAUCAUGAAAACACUCAUCAAAAGGAAGCUGGAGUAGCUACGUUAAUAUAAUACAGAUCUGUAGUCUACAGAGCAAGGAAUAUUGUCAAGGAUAAAAAUGGGCAUUACAUAAUGAUAAAUGUGUUAAAUUAUCAGGAAGACAUAACAAUCCUUAGAAUGUUUGCACCUAAAAACAAAGUUCCAAAAUACGUGAAGCAAAACUAAAGAAACCAAAAAGAUAAAUAGACAUAUCCAAAAUUAUACUUGGGUACUUUAAACCUUCUUUCUCAGUAAUCAAUAAAACAUGUAGACAGAAAAUCUGUAAGAAUACAGAAGGUAUAAGACUGAAUGCAUUCCCUUAAGUUCAGGAAAAGGCCAGGAUGUCCCUCAUUGCCAUUCCAAUUUAAUGUUGUGGUAGAGAUCCUGCUGGUGAAAGGAGGCAAGAAAAAGAAAUUAAAAGCACACAGAUUGGAAAAAAAACAUAAUAAAAAUGUUUUUAUUUGCAGAUGACAUAAUUUUCUAAGAAGAAAAUCUCAAAGAAUCAAGAAAAAAUAUUCUAGAACUAAUAAAUUAGCAAGAUCAGAAAAUACAAGGUCAACAUACAAAAAUCAGUUAUAUUCUUACAUACUUGUAAUAAAUGGCUGGAAACUGAUAUUAAAUCAAUACCAUUCAUAGUAUCAUUAAAUUAUAAAAUAUUGGAAUUAAUCUAAGGUUUUUACACUGAAAACUACAAAACAUUGAUGAGAAAAAUCAAGUAAGACCUAAUAACUGGAACAAUAUUAUACCAUGUCCAUUAAUCAGAAGAUUCAAUAUUAUUCAGAUGUCCGUUAUUUCUAAAUGAAUCUACAGAGCCAUGCAAUCACAAUCAAAAUUUGGAAGGAUUUUCUUAUAUAUUUUUCAAACUGAUUCUAGAAUUUAUAUUUAAAAACCAAAACCAUUUUGAAAAAGAUAAUUCCUACUUCCUGAUCACAAGAUUUACAUAUAGCUGCCAUCAUCAUAACAGUGAGGUAUUGGUGAAGAUUAGACAUAAAGAUCAAUGGAACAGAAUACAGUUUAGAAAUAGACAUAUAUAUAUGAUCAAUUAAUUUUUGAAUGUAUACCAGAGUAAUAAAAAAAAGGAUAGUUCCUCCAAGAUAGGUUAAUGGAAUGAAAAUUUGGACAUAUAUUUCUAAAAAAAAAAAAAUCUUGAUUUAUAUCUCACACCAUAUGCCAAAAUUAACUAAUGUGAUCUUCUGAAAACCAUUUCUCUACUCUGACUGCAGUCUCCUUAUCUGUAAUAUGGGGGAGAAAAGAACUAGUUUGGAUGAUCUCCAGAAUUGUUCUAGCUUUCACCUUCUGUGCCUGUACCUUUUUCCUUUCACUUCCACAAAACUCAGUUAUUCACUGGGUUAAACACAAAUGGCAGACAUGUGCAUGCAAAUCUCCAUGAGGCUUAUGGCCAGCACAGGCUGUGGUUUUCAUAGAAAAGCCACAGGAGGUCACAGGAGGUAUGACUGCUUAUGUUGUCACUGAACUCUUUCUAACACCUCUUGUGCAAAUCAACUCCCUUCACCCUUUCAGCAGAGAAAUUAGCUUUGUCUCCACUUUUUACCAUUGCUCUUGCUGUGUUUUCCCUUCUCUGAAAAAGCAAAUAGAUAGCCACUGUGAUCCUGGCUCAGGUUCCCAGGACACAGGAGCAUCCCCAGGCCAGGAACCUCAUGUCCUGGGUCUAGGAGGACUUGGCCUUGACAGAGACCAUGAGGCAGCUGGGGAGCACUGCCUGGGGCAGAAUCUGACAGAAUCUCCUGAUUGUAUGUAAGGUCUGAUAGCUUCAGAAGGGUAGGAACCAGAGAUCUUGGGGUGGGAUAUGUUAAAAGACAAUGUGCACCCGAAGAACCCUUGGGCAUUCCUACAGCUGUGCCUGUUGGUAACUCUGAUACCCCAGGCUGUCAAAUGCCAAUAGUAAUUUCAGACAGAAGGAAAACAAGACCCAGACAGCACAACUUGGUAUAUUAUACUCUUUUCAUCAAAAGUAGAGUUUCCCAACUUUUUCAUGUCAAUGUCCACAUGGUAACAUUUGUCACAGCAUAGUGUGUAAACACAAGAAACUGCCCCCAACCUCAGAAGCAACUGAUCUCAGGCCUUAAGUCAUCUUGGGGUUUGGGGGGGCCCUUAUCUUCCCUCUGAGGCUGAGGGGGAAAAUAUCUCAACAAACCUAUAAUUGAUUGACAGCUCAAGGGCUGAGAAAUUCCAAUGUAAUGACUCAAAAGAAAAUCAGCCUGGUAAGAGUACACCUCACAAGCUCAGAAACAUUAUUUGUGACAGGAAGGUAUCAGCUGUGGAUGCCAAGGCGCUCACCAGGAGACAUUCGGUUGCAGGUGAUAAUGUCAGGGUAGGGAAGGGUCUCAUUAGGCUUUCAGGAAGGCCCACCCCACUCCAGAUGCAACAGGAGCAAUCCUCCAUGGUGCCAGCUGGGAAAUCUCCAGGGAUCUUGUCAUCCCUGGUGGGCCUCAUCUAACCCAUCCAAUAAACAACUAGAGGAGAACAUCAAGGCAUGGAUUCAGUCCCUGCUGCUCCCUCUUGGCCUUUUGGGUUAACUAAAUAGGUGAAGGUUCUACUCUAAAUGCAAUACUAUGGAAUUAGACAACUAGACAUCGGCUAACCUGACAACUCUAGAGGUCACAAUAACAAGCUUUUACAACUGCUCUAGGGGCUGUCCUGCCCUGACAUCUACAUACUCUCUGCUUCCUUUAAAAUCACCGCUUCAAAGGGCCCCUUCCCCGCCUCCUGUCAACCCUGAUCACAUGUCCAAGUUCCACUCCACACUUCAGGGCUUUCUUCCUGGGGCUGGUCCAUGUUGACCUCUUUUCUUCCCAAAAUCCUGUUUAAUACAUUGUCUAAAACUAUGCUUUCAUGUACUUUUUACCAUUUCCCUCAGUUUCAUACUGCUUCCCAGAACUUACAUACAAUCAUAUUUUAUGUGAUUAAUUUUGAUAGUUUCUAUUCUGCUCUAUUUCAUUUUUGAAUGCUCUAUAAUGGGGUGUAUGAACUAUACUUGUCCAAAACAUUUAUUUGGGAUUCUUACUCAUUGUCUUUCAUGUGCAUAAGUCUUGUCUCUCUAAUAAGAUUUUAGGUUCCUUAAGAGGGUGGCUUUUUGUCUGCUUUCUAUGGGUGCUGUCUGGACUUAUCACUCAUUAGGUGUGGUGUGGUGCACAGGCUCAGGAGAACUGGGUAAAUUUGCUUUGCAAGAUGCAAUAUUUAGAAACUUGGAGUGUGCUUUCUGGCAUCAUUAAUCUUUCCUUGAUGUUGUGUGUUAACUGUGGGCUCAAAUAGCUGCCCUCGUAUUGACCUGAAUGUUUCUGAAUCCUCAACUCUACCUCCUAGAUUCACCCCUGGAUGAUCUCUGACCCACUAUGAAGCCUCUUCCGCAGGUGUGGUCUCUGCACUGCAGCCUGAUCCAGGAGGCUCCUUUGUUCACCUCCAAUGAGAGGGGCCCUGACCUGGCCCCUCUCAGCCCUGAAAAGAGAAACCAUGACCUUCUCUGAACACAGAGGAAAUAAUAAUGUUGAUAAUAUAGAAAUGCCUGCAUUUUAAUGCUUUUUUCAGGAUCUUUUACCUGCUUUUCGAUUUUCAUAAGAACACAAAGUUCUAAAAAAGUUCCAAGAAAGCACUAUUUUUAGAGUGACUACAGACAAGGAAGAAAAAUCACACUUCAGCAUUUAGCACCCCCCACCCUCCUGCUCUCUGACCUGCGGUUUCAUUUCCACAUUUUCCACUAGUCAUGUUCAUGGGAGACCUUCAUGGAAUAGGAUGAAAUGAUGAAUGAAGAGACAGAGGCCAGAUGGAGAAGGAGAGCAAGCAUGACUAAGUGUUAGGAGACCAUGUGGUGGCCAACAGGCUCGGUUUGACUGGGACUAGGGGUUUCCCGGGACUAAGGGGUUUCCCAGGACGGGAACCUUGUAGUGCUAAAUCCAGUCAAAUUCAGAGCAAGUUGAAUGGUUGGUCAUCUAGGAGCUUAGCCCAGUGGCUCAGGAGAAAGUGGUAAAUGUCACGCCUCCUCUUUCCCUCACUCUUCUUCCUCCUUCAUCAGAAGGCAAUAAUUGUCUAUCUCCCAUGCCAAACAGAAGGUUCAAGGCAUGGACCCAGUCCUUGAAUCACUCCAAGUUGGUAGGGAAGGUGACUGCCAAAAAUGUCUUGAAAAUGGAGCUUUGGUAUCUCCACAGCUUAAAAAAGCUGAUUCUCAGAGCAGCCUGCAGGUAUCGACCCUGAGGUGGCUACUGUGCUCAGAUCUCCAGAACCUUCAUCACAUAACUACCGCACAUGAGUUGCAACUCAGUUUGUUCAGUUCUGUGCACCAGGAAGCAUCACAGAGAGAGAACAGGGAGAGCAGAGGGGUCUGGGGAUGGAUAGAGACCUGCUUUCAGCAGUGAUUCAUUCUAUUUUGUAGUAUGUCAUAUUUGGUAGAGAACUCUCUCUGUCCAGGCUGAAAAGGGAUUGAAUUUGGUGUCAAACAGAAGGAUAGGGAAAAUGGCCACUUCCACACUUCAAUUGAGAAGUGUCCCAGGUUUCCUGUUUUUGUUUUGAUUUUCUUUUUUUCAAAUCUGAACAGAGGAAUAAAGAGGGUGAGGAAAAGGCACAAGGAGUCUAGUUUUGGAAAUACUUUUAUAUCUGGAUAUAUACUAAUUUCUACAAUCCUAGGUUCUGAAAGUAACUACCUAAGAUUAUCCUUCUAGCACUAAAUGUAACUACAAAAGGGGACGUGAGGGAGAGUUGGAGCGUUUAAGUUGUAUGUUUUACGUAUUUACUCAGUAAGUAUUUUUGAGCACUUUCUAGGGCUAAGUUCUGGCAAAAGCCCUGACCUAAAGACAGUGCCUGACCUCUGAGAAGUCCAAGAUCUUAUCCAGAAGUCUGAUAGGGACCAGUUAACACAUUUCAUCUUUGGUUCCCUGGGGUCUCUUUGAGCCAUAAGAAGACCCCAGGAACAGCUAGCGAAGAAAAGAUAAAAUUUAGAGAACAGGAGAACUCAAAGCACAAAAUCAGCCCUUACUGAGGUGCCAGAGCACCCAGCCAAGUGGAUAAAUACAUUUGUGAAUAGCUCAAACCAAAGGAAAGAGAAGGAGUUUGAAGAUGUUGCUAGAAUGAAGUGAAAGUAGCACAGUUUGCUACAUUGAUAAGAAUGGUUAGCAUCAGUGCCCCUCACUGUUUAUGAGAUUUUGAUGUGAACUCUGUCCGUCAAGUUUUUAAGAGAUUGCAGCCAGGUGCUGGGGGAGUACCUGGUCUCUAACUAAUAAGGGUGAAAUCCUGAUCAGACUACAGCCCGCUUCCUGCCCUGCUCUGCUCAAUUUACACAAGUUAUGAUUGCCUACUAGGUUGAAAGUCCUUGAGGAAUUUAAAAGAGUAAGGGCCAAUAAAAUAUCAAAGGCCAAUAAAAUAAAAUAAGGAAAAAACAUCAAUUUUCUUUCCUGGGGAAAAAAAAAAAUAGUGGAAAAGAAUUACCCCUCCCUUCUUAUGGCAUUUUCUUUAGAAAGCUUGUGAGUGUGAAUUAUUUCUCUGCCCUUUGUAAUGCAAAUCUUUUUAAAAAGCUGUUUGACAGCCCAUGGCUGUCUUUAUGUCUUUAGAGUACCUGGGAGCCAUCCCUUUGAAGUGUAAACAUCAAGGAAGAUCGGGUCCCCACCUUCCAGUCUCUGUGGGAAAGCAGGAGCCUAACUUAGAUAGGAGCCUCACUUGUGCCAGAACCUUUCUGAGUUGCAAAUCUUCUCCUUUCCAUGGAAGAUAUGAGAAGUUUACUUUUCCUCUAGAAAAAGACAGUUAGCUAACACAUAUAGUUACUGAAUGAACUUAGGAUGAACUAUGUGUGACAAGGGGUGCUGUCAAGUCCUCUUACUUGAGGAUUAGUUAUGGUUUAGCUUGAGAACAUGUGUGUAAAGGGUGGCAUCUGCCUGGCUAUAUGACCAGGUGGCAACCCUCUCCGUCUUUGCAAUCUCUUCCUAGAUUGUCUAGUGGGAUCUAGAUCACAUUCUGGUUCAAGGCUCAUUGAAUAAUAAAAUUGCUUUCUUUCU